AUAAAUACAGUCGGAGUGCUGGUGGAUGGUAAGAGACUGGAGUUAAAGCACAGCACGAGAGUUUCACAGCUGGCUUUUCUGUCUGUGUGUUUGUUUUAUUUUCGUUUACUCACGUUAGACAUUUUUCUCAUCGUCUCUUUUGGAGCAUUUCAUCCACAAUUAUGGAGCAGUUGGUUUGUUUAGCUGUUUUGGCGGUGGCGUCUGUUUGCAUGGUUGAUGCCAGUUGCCCAGCUGUAUGCAAAUGCCCUCCAGGUCGCCCAGUGUGCCCUGCUGGCAUAAGCUUGGUGUUGGAUGGUUGUGGCUGCUGUAAGGUGUGUGCUGCUCAGCUCAACCAGGACUGCAGUACCUAUAAGCCCUGUGAUCACCAUAAAGGACUGGAAUGUAAUUAUGGCAACGAUGUGAUGUUUGGAACAGGUGUAUGUCGAGCCAAACUGGAAGGCCGCACCUGCGAGUACAAUGGCAGAAUGUACCAGAAUGGUGAGAGCUUCAGUGUGGGCUGUAAACACCACUGUACUUGUAUCGAUGGAGCGGUGGGUUGUGCACCUCUCUGUACCACCAGCCUGCCCCUGGCAUCACCCUCGUGCCCUUACCCUCGCCUGGUGCGGAUCCCUGGCCAGUGUUGCUUCAGCGUGGACUGCCACAAGGGGGAGAUAGGGCCGGUGGAGCCCACAUGGAAAAGAAAGCAGCAUGCAAAUGGUCGUCUGGAUAAGGGAGAGAACAGGCUGUGGAAUGGAUUGCUGGAAAGGAAGAGAGGAUGGGAGGAUGAGCAAGGAUAUAAACACUUACCAGAUUGGAGCCGUGUUCAGACGCAGUGUGUGGUCCAAACCACUGACUGGUCACCGUGUUCAAGCAGCUGUGGAAUGGGUGUCUCAUCCCGAAUAACUAAUGACAACACUCAGUGCAAGCUGGAAAAGGAGACCCGCCUUUGCAACAUACGUCCCUGCAGCUCACUGGCUCUUCCUACUAAGAAAGGAAAGAAGUGCACGCGCACCCACAAGUCUCCAGAACCCUUUCACAUGACUUACGCAGGUUGCCGCAGUGUUCGCACCUACCAGCCAAACUACUGUGGGGUGUGUACUGACGGCCGGUGUUGCAUGCCAAGGCACACACGCACCAUCUCGGUACCCUUCCAGUGCCCCGGUGGAGGCCGCAUAGAAAAAGCAGUCAUGUUUAUCCGGUCCUGCAAGUGUGGACAAGAAUGUGGGCACCUGAACGAAGUAGCCAUGCCACCACAAAAGUGGCUCUAUGGAGACACACACAAGUUCAUUGACUAGUUUGGCCUGUAUUCAUCAGCAUUGGCUACACAGACUUCUAACAUGCCACUUUAUACUGGCAACAAUUAACUGUUUUGUGACGAGAGUGCACAAUGCAAUUGCACUGAGACUGUUCAUGUGUCUCCGAAAGAGACGCUGACUCCAACAUGUAGUGAUGUACAGGAAAAAAAUAUGGCCUGAUGGACUUUUUUUGGAUAUACAUGGAAAGUCCUCAUUCUUUGCCUGGAAAGUAUGGCUAACAGUUCUGCUGAACACAGCAGAUGUGAAUGAAAACGUUGAUCUGAUAUGACUUUAAUAUAUUAUCUAAUUUUACUUUUUAUUUAACUCUCUGACUUGCCCUGUGAAAUUGUUCAAGGAAAACUGCGACAAGGACAAAAUGAACAGUCAGGGAAUCAAACAAAAACCCCGCCCCCCCAACUCUGUUAAAGGGGAAUUCUGCUGAUUUUUCAGAAUUUCUGCAUAAAUCAACUGGCAAAAAAUAUAAAUAUGUUCAGUCUAAGUCAAAGAGUGGUUUGAUGUGAAAUGGUUCACUGAGGAGAAAGUUAUCAACUCCCAUUUCUUUACAGUGGUGGUGAUCAGAACCAGGGGCUGCAACAUUUACAACACAAAUACAGCCAUUUUAUUUACGAUCCAGAUCAACACUUCUUCUGAGUUUUUAUGUGUUUCUUUGGGGACUAUUUUGCCUGCCAACUCCCUGCAUGCACCGCUCCACCACGAAUGUACUUAAAAAUAUACAUUUUAAGCCAGACCUUCCCAAAACUAUCAUAAAACAACACCACAGAGAUCAGGCAAGAUAUUCAUAACCAUUUUAGGUAAUAACUUUGUGAGGGAGCUUUUAGAAGGAUUAAACACAUCAGAUGUCUGGUUCCUAUCAACACCACUGUGAACAAUACUGAUUCUGUUAGUUUCUCCUGACUGGAGCGUUUCACCUCAAACCACUCUGUGUGACUUUGUUUACAUCUUAACUAUUUAAUGAAGCAAAAAACUUUUGAAAAAGAGUGGAAUUCCCCUUUAAAUGGGAAGGGACUACUCUUUCUUGAAAAGAAGUCUUUGAUUCUUUUCUAACAUACUGAGAGAGUGUUUGUGUGAGUGGAUGCACAUGAGCCCUCCAAAGCUCCAGAUUUAUGUGUGUAGGUUAUAGAUAGAGCCAGCCUCUUUUAGCUCAGAUACCAAAUUGCUAAAAUGAGACACGGCACGGGAGGAGGGGAAGAGAAAUUGCACUCGAUGCAGCUCAGAUUAAACUAAAUUAAAUAUGAAAGGUCACAAAGUACCAAACUGAAAUGUAUGAACUGAGCUGUUAGUAAUGCCAGAACAUGUUUCACAGGUGUGCUAUCUGCAUGCAUUGAUUAUAUUAGAGACAAAGUGCAUCCAAUGAGCUGCACUUCAUGUAUUAUUCAGAUAAUACCAAACAGCUCUUACGCUUUCUUCUAGUUUGAGAUAUCAAUGCUCAUGUUUUUAUCUUUUGCACUGAUGUAAUAAGUUAGACAUAUUGACACAGUACAGUAAAGUACUAUGUAUUAUUUAUGCACAACAGAAUGUUAGAUGGAAAUUAAAUAUCUCCCAUUAGAAAUCA